CCGGACCCGGAGCGGCGGGAGGGGCGGGGUGCUGCGGCCGCGCCGGGCGCCUCCCACCCCGCCCUCGGCGCCCCCGCCCCUCCAGGAAGGGGAGGAGGCGAGGGGAGCCCGCCGCCGAGGCCGACGAGCCCCCCGCCCAGCCUGGGGUCCCCUGCCCAUGAGGUGGACGCCCCCCGGGAGCCCUCGGGUGCGGAGCCAGGCGCGAAGGUCUUGAGUCAGAGCACCAGCCUUGGGGACCCUGGACCACUGUCAUGGAGACUGAGAGUGAGCAGAACUCCAACUCCACCAAUGGGAGUUCCAGCUCUGGGGGCAGCUCUCGGCCCCAAAUAGCUCAAAUGUCACUGUAUGAACGGCAAGCAGUGCAGGCUCUGCAGGCACUGCAGCGUCAGCCCAAUGCGGCUCAGUAUUUCCACCAGUUCAUGCUCCAGCAGCAGCUCAGCAAUGCCCAGCUGCAUAGCCUGGCUGCCGUCCAGCAGGCCACCAUUGCUGCCAGUCGGCAAGCCAGCUCCCCAAACACCAGCACCCCGCAGCAGCAGACUGCCACCACCCAGGCCUCAAUCAAUCUGGCCACCACGUCGGCCGCCCAGCUCAUCAGCCGAUCCCAGAGUGUGAGCUCUCCCAGUGCUACCACUUUGACCCAAUCUGUGCUACUGGGGAACACCACCUCCCCACCCCUCAACCAGUCCCAGGCUCAGAUGUAUCUACGGCCACAGCUGGGAAACCUAUUGCAGGUAAACCGGACCCUGGGCCGGAAUGUGCCUCUAGCCUCCCAGCUCAUCCUGAUGCCUAACGGGGCAGUGGCUGCAGUCCAGCAGGAGGUGCCAUCUGCUCAGUCUCCGGGAGUUCAUGCAGAUGCAGAUCAGGUGCAGAACUUGGCAGUGAGGAACCAACAGGCCUCAGCCCAAGGCCCUCAAAUGCAAGGCUCUACUCAGAAGGCCAUUCCUCCUGGAGCAUCCCCUGUCUCUAGCCUCUCCCAGGGUUCCAGCCAGGCCCUAGCUGUGGCUCAGGCUUCCCCUGGGGCCUCAGGCCAGUCCCUCAACCUUAGUCAAGCUGGUGGAAGCAGUGGAAAUAGCAUCCCAGGGUCCAUGGGUCCAGGUGGAAGUGGCCAGGCACCUGGAGGCUUGGGUCAGUUGCCUACCUCAGGAAUGGGGGGUGGUGGGAGCUGUCCCAGGAAGGGCACAGGAGUGGUGCAGCCCUUGCCUGCAGCCCAAACAGUGACUGUGAGUCAGGGCAGCCAGACAGAGGCAGAAAGUGCGGCAGCUAAGAAGGCAGAAGCGGAUGGGACUGGUCAGCAGAACGUGGGCAUGAACCUGACACGGACAGCUACACCUGCUCCCAGCCAGACCCUUAUUAGCUCAGCCACCUACACACAGAUCCAGCCCCAUUCCCUGAUUCAGCAACAGCAACAGAUCCACCUCCAGCAGAAACAAGUGGUGAUCCAGCAGCAGAUUGCCAUCCACCACCAGCAACAGUUCCAGCACCGUCAAUCGCAGCUACUCCACACAGCCACACACCUCCAGUUGGCCCAGCAGCAGCAGCAGCAGCAACAGCAGCAGCAGCAGCAGCAGCAGCAGCAAGCCACAACCCUCUCUGCCCCUCAGCCACCACAGGUCCCACCUACUCAGCAGGUCCCACCUUCCCAGUCCCAGCAGCAAGCCCAAACCCUGGUUGUUCAACCCAUGCUUCAAUCUUCACCCUUGUCCCUCCCACCUGACCCAACUCCCAAGCCACCCAUCCCUCUCCAAUCCAAACCACCUAUAGCACCGAUCAAGCCUCCUCAGUUAGGACCUGCUAAGAUGUCAGCUUCCCAGCAACCACCACCCCAUAUCCCUGUGCAAGUUGUGGGCACCCGACAGCCAGGUACAGCCCAGGCACAGGCUUUGGGGUUGGCACAGCUGGCAGCUGCUGUGCCUGCUUCCCGGGGGCUGCCAGGUACAAUGCAGCCUGGUCAGGCCCAUUUGGCCUCUUCGCCACCAUCAUCCCAGGCUCCUGGUGCACUGCAGGAGUGCCCUUCCACACUGACCUCUGGGAUGACCCUUGCUCCUGUGCAGGGGACAGCACAUGUAGUAAAGGGUGGGGCUACCGCCUCCUCACCUGUUGUAGCCCAGGUCCCUGCUGCCUUCUACAUGCAGUCUGUGCACCUGCCGGGCAAGCCCCAGACAUUGGGUGUGAAACGCAAGGCUGAGUCUGAGGAGGAAAGAGAUGAUGUCUCCACAUUGGGUUCAAUGCUUCCUGCCAGGGCAUCUCCGGUAGCAGAGAGCCCAAAGGUCAUGGAGGAGAAGAGCAGUUUUGGAGAGAAAGUUGAAUCAGUGACCAGUGUGAAUGCUAAUACCCCAAACAGUGAACUAAUAUCCUUGGCACCUGCCCCAUCAGCACCACCUCCUACACUAGCCAUGGUGUCCAGACAGAUGGGCGACUCAAAACCCCCACAGGCCAUUGUGAAGCCUCAGAUUCUCACCCACAUCAUUGAAGGCUUCGUCAUCCAGGAAGGAGCAGAACCUUUCCCGGUGGGUUGUUCUCAGUUACUGAAAGAGUCUGAGAAGCCUCUACAGACUGGCCUCCUGACAGGGCUGAAUGAGAACCAGUCAUGUGGCCCCUUGGGAGGGGACAGCCCAUCUGCUGAGCUAGAUAAGAAGGCGAAUCUCCUGAAGUGCGAAUACUGUGGGAAGUACGCCCCUGCAGACCAGUUUCGAGGCUCCAAGAGAUUCUGCUCCAUGACUUGUGCUAAGAGGUAUAAUGUGAGCUGUAGCCACCAGUUUCGGCUGAAGAGGAAAAAAAUGAAAGAGUUUCAAGAAGCCAAUUAUGCUCGUGUUCGUCGGCGUGGACCCCGCCGCAGCUCCUCUGACAUCGCCCGUGCCAAGAUCCAGGGCAAGCGACACCGGGGUCAAGAGGACUCUAGCCGGGGUUCAGAUAAUUCCAGUUAUGAUGAAGCACUCUCUCCAACAUCUCCUGGGCCUUUAUCAGUGAGAGUGGGGCAUGGAGAUCGAGACCUGGGGAACCCCAAUACAGCUCCACCUACCCCAGAAUUACACGGCAUCAACCCUGUGUUCCUGUCCAGCAAUCCCAGCCGUUGGAGUGUAGAGGAGGUGUAUGAGUUUAUCGCUUCUCUACAAGGCUGUCAAGAGAUUGCAGAGGAGUUUCGUUCCCAGGAGAUUGAUGGACAGGCCCUUUUAUUACUUAAAGAGGAACAUCUUAUGAGUGCCAUGAACAUCAAGCUGGGCCCAGCCCUCAAGAUCUGCGCCAAGAUCAACGUCCUCAAGGAGACCUAAGGUGGCCUUCUUGCACAAAGCAGCCUAAGGCAGACACUCCCCACUGUCCAGGCUAUAACCUGCCUGGUGCCCGCAGACUUUACAGGGAAUAAAUAACUUUUCCAAUUACAUAAAUCUGUGGAGGGGAUUUCUAAGACAGGGAAAGAAUGUGCAAGAAUUGGUUGCUGGUGCUACAUGGUGGAGCUUGGACAUUUUCUCUGGGUUCUACUUUAUUUUCUAAAAUCUUUAUAGUUCUUACCAUUUUCACCUACCCUAAUCCAAUCUUUAUAAAAAUGAACUCUACAGAGAACUAGUACUGCUCAGCCUUUUUCUGGAGUGGGGUAGCCAGGGUCUUAGUUCUCCAAGAAGAUACAGUGUGGCAAGGCAAGGAAAUGGGUGGAAGGUAGGUGUACCUCCCCAAUGGGAGGAGGGUUCUUCUAGCUUGACACAAGCGGUAAAAUCCAAUACUCCCUCUGGAUUGUCGGACUGUAGCUAUGGCCGUUUUCUUUGUCAUCAUCCACUCCCUUCCUAUUGAACAUUUUCUCCUCCAUCCAUGGCAGGCUCACCAGCUGGUGUAGGCACUUGGCUGGCAUCAUUUUGUUUUGCUGCAGGAACUAAGUGUUUGGCACACAUGUGGCUGUUGUCAUUCUUCCUGUAUCCUCCCUACUCCCUUCCAAUUUAUCUGAUGUCUUCUACCUUUUUAGUUCCAACUCUGCUGUGUCCAAUAGCUUUAUAAAACAGGAGUGUGUGGAGCUGAGGUCAGGAGGAUAAAUGCCUGCCUUAGGCGCUAUUCCUUAUACAACAAAAAUAUUCAAUAUUUUUUUCCUCUUCAGUAAAAGGAUAAAAAUUG